ACUGCGUUUUUGGCAAAUGGGCUGCAUUUCUGCUCUUUUCAUCUCGUGUGCUGAAGUAACAGUCAUAUGUGGCAGGAAGUGAACACUUCAUGCAAACUUCUGUCUUAAACACGGCAUUUCAGAAUCCAAAAUGCCACAAGCAAUGAAGGUCAUUCUCCUGCUGUUAUUUGGACAAUAUGUCUACUCUCAGGAGGAAUGUAUAAAAUCAUCAGUGGUGUCAUGUAAUGACUGCAUUAAAUCUGGACCAGGAUGCACCUGGUGCCAGGACUUGGGGUUCAUCAAGCCUGGAGAGCCAGAAGCAGUACGAUGUGACACAGAGAAAAAGCUUAGAGAAAAAGGCUGCCCACUAGGAAAGAUAAUCAACCCACCCAGUACCUCGGACUUUCGUCAGAACAGACCACUGUCAGGGUCAGAGAGGACGAAUAAUCCAGUUCAGGUGCAGCCACAAGAAAUUGAACUCAAUUUACGACCAGGUCAUGCCUACACGUUCAAGCUCAAAUUUAAAAGGGCAGUGGGUUACCCUGUUGAUCUGUACUAUCUAAUGGAUUUGUCCUACUCAAUGGAUGAUGACUUGAAGAAUGUGAAAAACCUGGGAAAAGAAAUACUUAAAAAUCUGCGGAAAAUCACUGAAGAUGCAAGGAUAGGCUUUGGCUCAUUUGUUGAUAAAACACUUCUUCCAUUCACGGACACAACCGAAGAGAAGUUAAAAAAGCCCUGCCCAGCCAAAGCACAGGAAUGUCAACCGGCAUUUGGCUAUCAGCAUGUCCUCAGUCUGACAAAGGAUGAGAAACAAUUCAAUGAAAUGGUCUCUACACAGAAAAUAUCUGGCAACUUGGACACACCAGAGGGAGGUCUGGAUGCCAUCAUGCAAGUUGUCACCUGUGUGAAUGAGAUCGGCUGGGGAAACAGCACACGGCUGCUGGUGCUGGCCACUGAUGCUGGCUUCCACAUGGCAGGCGAUGGGAAACUUGCUGGCAUCCUCGAACCCAACCAAGAGACUUGUCGGCUGGAUAAAAACAACAUGUACAGCAUGAGCAACACUUGGGAUUACCCAUCUGUUGGUCAGAUAGCCAGGAAGUUGGAAGAGCAAAACAUACAGCCUAUUUUUGCUGUAACUGAAGAUGUGUCACAAAUAUACAAAGAGCUGAGUAAACUGAUUCCUAAAUCAGAAGUUGGAGUACUAAGUACAGAUUCAAGUAAUGUGGUAAAACUAAUUGAGGACGCAUACAAUAGACUCUCCUCUAAUAUAAUUGUGACCCAUGACGGUCUCCCAAAAGACAUAUCGGUAACAUUCACAUCUAAUUGUGAGGGAGGAGAGAAGCCUAGUGAUAAGGGGACAUGCAACAAUGUCGCCAUCGGACAGGAGGUGAUUUUCAGUGUAACUGUAAAGGCAGCAAAAUGCCUUACUAAAGAGAGCUUCAACAUUGGUCCUUUGGGGUUCAAUGAAAAACUGAAGGUUUCAGUUAAAACACGAUGUGAGUGUGAGUGCGACAAUCAGGAAGGUGUACACCCAUACUGUAAUAGUCAAGGCACGGUUGUCUGUGGCACAUGCAGCUGCAAGCCUGGCUUCCUGGGACAGAAGUGUGAGUGCAGCUUGGGUCAGAAAGAUGAGGCCACGCUGAAGGCUCAAUGCCGCAAAGACAAUGGGACAGAGUGUGAGGGCCGUGGAGACUGCGUGUGUGGAGUAUGCAAGUGCCACCAAACCGAGGGGGGCAAAUCCUACUACGGUCUUCACUGUGAAUGUGAUGAUGAACACUGUGAAAAGUACCAAAACAAACUGUGUGGAGGGAAAGGGGAUUGCAGAUGUGGAGAAUGUAAAUGCAAUGAGGGCUAUGAAGGAACAGCCUGUCAGUGCAUGAAAUCUGAUGAAAGUUGCCUGACGGGAGAAACCGUGUGUCAUGGACGUGGCAAAUGUGUGUGCAACCAGUGUGUUUGCGAGAGGGGAUACAAGGGACUCCGAUGUGACACGUGUCCCACUUGCGAAUUGCCAUGCCAAGUAUCGGGGAGCUGUGUUGAAUGCAAGGCAUUUGGGACAGGACCAUUUGAGAAGAACUGCACAGCGUCCUGCACCCACCUUGAAGUUAUAGAAGUUGAAAACCUGGGAAGAAAGGACUGCCGAGUGAAGGACAGAGAAGGCUGCUGGAUGAGCUUCUCAAUGACUGUGCAAGAUGGAUUUGACAAAUAUACUGUGAAUGUCCUCAAGGACAGAGAAUGUCCUGAGGGGCCAAAUGUUGCUCUCAUCGUGGGUGGAUCUCUGGCUGGUGUGGCACUGAUUGGACUUCUACUCCUCAUCCUCAUUAAGGCAAUAUUUUAUUUCAAAGACCUCAAAGAGUGGAAGAGGUUUGAAAAGGAAGCGCAGCGCCGUCAGUGGGCAAAAAGUGAAAAUCCAUUAUUCCAGAAGGCAACGACAACUGUUGCAAAUCCUGCAUUUACUGGAGACUCUUAAGGUAGUAGUAGAAGUAGUGGUAGUAGUGGAUCCCUGGAGAAAACUGUUAUUUAAAAUAAAUCUACUGUAAAUGUAUUACACAUUACUAAUCCAGUACUCAAGCAUGCUUUUCCACUCCACAUUUUUGCACCAUCCUCUGUGCUGGGUAAUUAACACUGUUACUUGAACACCUGAGCACAGUAAUCAGUGUUCUGUAGCCCAUGAUUGCUUCUAAGGGAAUUGGAUUGGGACCCACAGGGGAUUGAUUUGUGACUGUGAAAUUGUAUUUUGCUCCCCUUUUAUGACAUAUUCAACUGUUUAAAGUAUUAAUGUGUGUUGCCAAAUGGCUGUUGAGCUUCAGUUCCUUGUAUAUAAUUGCCUAUUUUGACUUUUGUAUAUGAUCUUUUGUGUGUACUAGGAAAGUGUGUGUAAUGCACAUUUAAAAUCUAAAUAAAAUGUCUUACUUAAA